AUGUCUCCGGAUGAGUUUCGGCUGAGGUCUUUGGAGCUGAUCGCGUCGUACCCGGAUCACAAGAAGACCUACACGGACGGUCGAUACGAGAAGCCAGCAACUGGCAAGCUGGAGGGAAGCAAGAACAAGAUGUCCGGCAGCCUGGUGGCUCUGCAGAUCAGAGAAUUUGAAUACCGCAUCUUCAUAAAGAGGCCGUCGGCGCAGGACCCGAGCUGGAGCACGUACAUGGACGUGUUCCACCCGACGCUGUGGGCGGUCCUGUUGGUCACCAUCCUGCUGAGCGGCGGCGCCGUGGGCGGCAUGUACUGGCUGGAGAGGCGCACGCGGCUCGCCACGCUGCACCAGGGCAACUUCGGAUGGGGUGACAGCUUGAUGUACUGCUUCGCAGCUGUCUGUCAACAAGGCGCUGACAGAGAGCCGUCGGGGCUCGGCACCCGCUUCUACUUCUGGACAUUCUACGUCGUCACGGUGACGAUCGUGGCGUCCUACUCCGCCAUGUUGGUGUCCUCCCUGGCCGUGGUGAAACUGGAGCUACCUUUCGAGACCAUGGAGGGUCUGAUGAAGGCCGGCACCCACAAACUGAUGGUGCCAGCCGGUUCUUCCAUGCUCGACUAUUUCAAGUUUUCGCCGCUCGAGACACUUCAGCGCGUCUACAGGGACCACAUUCUGGAGGUCGAGAGCGGGGCGGAGGGAAAGAGGCGCAUACAGACCGAGACGGCAGCCUCCUUUGGAGUCUACAAUGGACAGAAGGAAUGCGAUGUCGUCGACAUCAAGCGAGACUACUACGUCAGACAAGCGGCCAUUGGUCUUCAGAAGAACUCACCGUAUGAAGCAUUCUUCAAUUACCGUUUGGCGCGGAUGCGAGAGACCGGGGUCAUGGAGCACCUGCAGAGAACCUGGCUCAACGGGGUCCGGCCGGACUGUGGCCUGCAGCAGGCACCGGGUCUGGGCCUGCCGGUGAUGGCCUCCGCCUUUCUGCUGCUGGCCGCCGGGGUGGUGUGCAGCCUGAUGCUGUUGGGCGCCGAGUGCCUGCACGCUCGCCUCCUGCAGCACCCGGUCCGUCCAGGACCGGCAGGUGACGUGCUGCAAACUGAGCGUGCCUCCUCGUGCAACGUUCUGAGGGCACUGCUCUGA